UUCACACUUGACUCUAAUUCACACAUUUUCUCUCCCCCAAAAACUCAUUUCCUUUCAAGUGGUAGAAAAAAUGAGCAGGAAGAAAGUGGUGGUAAUUGGGGGAACAGGUUACCUUGGACAGCAUCUACUUGAAGCAUUUUCUGAUCUCCAAUCAUCCCCUUUUUCUUAUGAUCUUGCUUUCACUUAUCAUUCAAACCCUCCUUCCAAUUUGCUUCAUGCUUUUCCUCAAUCUCUUUCCUUCCUUGUUGAUUUGCAAAAUGGUAAUGGCUUUGAUUCCAUCUCCACCAUUUUUGGUCAGCCAGAUGUGGUUGUGAAUUGUGCUGCAGUGUCGGUACCUCGAGCUUGCGAAGUCGAUCCUGUGGCUGCCAUGUCUGUUAAUGUUCCUACUUCUGUUGUCAACUGGUUGUUGAGCUUUAAAGAGAAAGAGACCCUUUUGAUUCACCUUUCAACUGACCAAGUUUACGAAGGGACCAAAUCGUUUUACAAAGAGGAAGAUGAAACCAUGCCAGUAAACGUUUAUGGAAGAUCAAAACUUGAAGCGGAGAAGUUUAUUACUGCAAAAUUUUCAAACUUUGCAAUUUUGAGAAGCAGUAUCAUCUACGGUCCACAAACUGUAUCACCUGUCCCAAAGUCCCUUCCAAUUCAGUGGAUUGAUGAUGUACUCUCAAAAGGAAACAAGGUGGACUUCUUUUAUGAUGAGUAUCGAUGCCCUGUGUUUGUCAAGGAUGUUGUAGCUGUCAUAAUAUCCUUGACAAUGAAAUGGGUCACAGAGGCUAGACCCGUGAAAUUGCUGUUAAAUCUUGGGGGACCAGAUAGAGUUUCUCGUGUUCAGAUGGCUAAGGCUGUAGCGGAGAGCAGAGGAUAUGAUACGUCAUUGAUCAAUUCCGUGUCUGCAUCAUCGGUUGAUCGCGGUGUUAAAUCCCCGGCAGAUAUAUCCAUGGACAUCGACAAACUGGUUAAAACACUUAAUAUAUCUCCAAUUUCAUUCAAAGAGGGUGUAAAAUUAACACUCAAUAUUCCAUGACUGGUGAAUGAGCCUACACAGACACAUUUACAUUGUGGCCAAUCACAUUCCAUAUGUUGUUUAUUUUGAUGCCUGAGAUCAAUUUAUGUAUAAUUGCAAAUUUGUACAAAUUCACAAUGUGCACAAUUGUGGUUGUGGACACAGAAUUUCCCUCAAUUUCUAGAAUAUGUAUUUACUAAUUUGUUUUAAAA